AUGGCCAGAGGUUCCUCCACUGAACGCAAGACUUCCACUACAUUGUCUUCCAACAUUGUCUCUGUUCUCAACUCUCCCGCUACUUCCGCUUCACCAUCCCCAGAGCCCUCGCCCAACAUGGUUGGCCGCAAGAACACUAUGCGCAGCAGCCCACAGACCGACAUCUCCAUGCCUAUCACCUACACUCCCACCACCCACCGCAUCAGCAAAGCUAAAAAGGGCAAGCGGGUGCACGCCUGCGAGUUCCCCGGCUGCAACAAGGUCUUUACUCGCGCCGAGCACCGCAGACGCCAUGAAUUAAACCACAACCCCGAAGCUUCCUACCGAUGCACACACUUGAGCUGCAAGAAGGCAUUCCACCGUCCUGAUUUGCUUGCGCGCCACAUGGAGCGACAUGAGCUUGAGUCGCAACCCGAACAGUCCCAAUGGGCUUCCCGAACUCAGACUCCCAUGACCGGUGAAUCGGCCUCAAUCCCGCGCUGCAUUUCCAUGGACAACGGUUCUCUUAUGGCGGCCACUUCCCAGCCUAACUCCAUGUCUAUCGGCUCUUUGGUGGCUCCUGGAGUGCACCCAGAUCUCGCAAACGACUGUUCUCUGGUGUGGAGUGGCAUGGAUUUGCCUCUACAGCACCCUCGCCCCUCUACCAACCUUUUCCACAACCAGCUCCCAGAGCCCGCCGAUGACAGCCCAUUCUACUCUUCGCCCGCUGAGACCUGCCCCUCUCCUCUCUCAGACACCAACUUUUCUCUCCCCACCCACAGCAGCUCCAUCUCCUCUGGCUCCGUUUCAUUAAUUGAUGCCUACCCUAAGAGCAUGAUGAAGACCGACUUGACUGCUUCACCAAUGCAAAUGCACUCUCCCCUGCGCUGGGACGGCUCAGACAUGGUCCCUACUCCACACAUGAUGCCCAUCUCCCUCGAGGAGAACCUGAUCCAGCCGCCCGUUCAGUGCCACUACCCUUCUCCCUCCUACCCAUCUCCUUCCUACCCCUCUCCUUCAUGGUCCAGCCCAGACUGCCUACCCUACGAUGACCAGGUUCAGUCCCUGGCGCACUUCCAACCUCUCGGCUGGAAGCAAUGGGCCAUGUAA